AUGGAUCCUUUUGAUCCGUUCCAUCCAUACAAUCAUGAUGUCGAUGAGGAAGAUAUAUUUGUGGGUAUGAUGCAUCAAUAUGUUACCGACAUGAUACUGCAAGAGCCAGCUCCACUACGGACCAAACGUACGGCAUUGAACAGAGAUUGUGAAGAGGGGCAUAAACGUCUAGUACACGAUUAUUUUGUGGAUGAUUGUGUCUACCAACCAAAAGAUUUCAAAAGAAGGUUUUGCUUGCGGAAAAAUGUAUUUCAACGAAUAGUCAAUGCAAUGGAAAGCAGGUAUGAAUAUUUCCAACUAAGGUACGAUGCGAGAGGUAAACGAAGUUUUACAGGGUUGCAAAAAUGUGCUGCUGCAAUCAAGCUUAUGGCUAUGGGGGAGUCACCCGAUUCUAUUGAUGACUAUAUGAGAAUGUCAGAGCGAACUGCACGAAAAAGUUUGUACAGAUUGGCGAGAGGUGUUAUCGAAACCUUCGGUUACAAAUACUUGCGCAAACCUUCAUUGAAUGACAUACAACAACUAUAUCCGGCGCAUGAAGAACGACAUGGUUUUCCGGGAAUGCUUGGAAGCAUUGAUUGCACAAAGUGGAUAUGGAGAAAUUGUCCUGUGGCGUGGAAAAGGUCAAUACACAAGUGGUCGUAUUGGAUCGCCUUCAUUAGUAUUAGAGGCGGUUGCAUCACAAGACUUAUGGAUUUGACAUGCUUUUUUUGGAGUUGCGGGUUCGAACAAUGA